AUUGCCAUACCGAGCGUCUAUGCGAGUGCACACCGUACGGCUCCCGCUGGAUAGGAGCGAACUGCUUUUGUUUUUCAUUCAUUCUGAAUGCAGCACGCUGGUGCGUUGAGCUAGUGGAUGCGAAGACGGUGUGAUAGUGUGAUAAGCAGUGGAGAAAGAUUGAUCACAAAAUAAAAGAAACUGGUGCAUUUCGUUCGAGAUUGGUUUCGACAUUGGUGAACCGAAGUGAAGAAGUGACCCUGCAGUGCGAAUGCAAAAAGGGGUUCAAACUGAUCUGAAACCCGAAAGUGAAAGCUAUCGCGUAUUAUUAGUGUACGAAUUCGUAAGAAUACACUUUUCCGCUGAGUGAGCUGGGCUGUGUGCUCGCGUGUGUGUGUAUGUGUGAUUGAGUGAUCGGAGACAAAUCUGCAAACGUGAAUCAAUAUCCGGCAGCUUGCAAGCCUGUUGGCAGCUAACAACAGAUAACGGAUAAACUGUACCAACUGCUGCCAUAGACCGUUGUAGUGCGAUAUUGAGGAGCAAACAUUGUGAACGAAAAAGUAACCGAACGAAACAGGACGUCCGCAAACGAAGCGGCCCUUGCAACCAAAAAACAAAACCACGCAGCAACAAACUGCGAGCACGAAAAACUCUGCGACACGAAACAGCGAACGAAAAAACGAUGGGCAACCGAAUGCGAUCCUUGGUCGCGACGUUCGUGCUACUAUUCACAGUACUCGAGAAUGUCCACUGUGAUGCACCGUUGGUCGAUUCGGCAGCGCUGCCGCUGGAACACAGAGCCGUCUACGGUCCGCCUGCACCCUCACCAGUAUACGGUACGCCUGGUUUGCUGAGUGGCGGCGGAGGUAGCGGCGGCCUGAUCGGGGGCGGCGGCGGUGGCGGCGGCGGAGACGACCCGUGGCCACUGUCCGCCUCGAACGACAGCCCGCAGAUCAAGCAUCUGCAGGUGCAGUGCGAAAAGACGCACAUGCGCGUCAACAUCGAGUUCGACCGGCCGUUCUACGGCAUGAUCUUCUCCAAGGGUUUCUACAGCGAUCCGCACUGCGUGCAUCUGAAGCCGGGCACCGGCCACCUGAGCGCCACCUUCGAGAUCUUCCUGAACAGCUGCGGUAUGUCCAGCUCGGCCAACCACAAUGCGGCAAGCUUCGGCGGUCCGACGCCGUCCGGUAGCUACGUCGAGAACACGAUCAUCAUCCAGUACGAUCCGUACGUGCAGGAGGUUUGGGAUCAGGCCCGCAAACUCCGCUGCACGUGGUACGACUUCUACGAGAAGGCGGUCACCUUCCGGCCGUUCCAGGUCGAUAUGCUGCACGCCGUCACGGCCAACUUCCUGGGCGACAACCUCCAGUGCUGGAUGCAGAUCCAGGUCGGCAAGGGCCCGUGGGCGUCCGAGGUGUCGGGCAUCGUGAAGAUCGGCCAAACGAUGACGAUGGUGCUGGCGAUCAAGGACGACGAGAACAAGUUCGACAUGCUGGUGCGCAACUGCGUGGCCCACGACGGCAAGCGCGCCCCGAUCCAGCUGGUCGACCAGCAUGGCUGUGUGGUGCGGCCGAAGAUUAUGAGCAAGUUCCAGAAGAUCAAGAACUUUGGCCCGUCCGCGUCGGUCGUUUCGUUCGCCUACUUCCAGGCGUUCAAGUUCCCCGACUCGAUGAACGUGCACUUCCAGUGCGUGAUCCAGGUGUGCCGGUACAACUGCCCCGAGCCGAAGUGUGCCGGCGGCGACUACGGACUGCCAGCGCUGACCGGUAACGGCAUCUCGGGCGAGUACGGUGCACCGGGACCGCUGAGCGGCGAGUACGGACCACCGCACCUGUCCGAGUACGGUGUACCGCCAGCGGCCUACCCGGACCCACGCCACCCGUCCGACGCGUCCGGCGCGUACUCGGAGAACCAGGACAGUGUGGUGCCGGCCCCGCAAGCCCAAACGUCCGCCAACUCGGCCGAGAACAAAUCGGACGGCCCAGUGAACGCUAACGAUCGCAUCGAAUCGCAGCCACAGUCCGCGAACCCGUCGUCCAACGACAUCCACGACCACAUCAACAUGCCGCCACCGCCGCCACCAGGCCAGACGUCGUACGUCACCGUGACCAAGCAGCAAAAGAAGGACGAUGGACUGUCGGGCGAGAACAGCGGCAAUCUGGUGAGCCUGGGCGGACGGCCCCGCUCGGUGGAGGGACUGGACGAUCUGCGCGGUGUGCGCCGACGACGGGACACGAUGUCGGUGGUGAUCCGGCCGCGCAUCUACAAGCGCGACGCCCAGGAGAUGACGGACGUCAACACCGAGCGCAUCAUCCAGGUGGUGGCACCGGGAGACGUCAACUUUGCGCUUAACAACGCGUCCGGCAACGAGACGGUCGUGAUCCAGUCGCAGCGAACCGUCGACCCGGAAACGAUCUGCAUGUCGGUGCCGAGCUUCGUCGGCGGACUGGUGAUGCUGCUGCUCGUGCUCGCCGUGGCGUCCCUGGUAGCGGCCUUCCUGUUCGUGCGCGUGCGACACUUCGACCGGAAAGGUACGACCGCCAGCCGCCGACCGCACUUUGUACUGUCGGAGCUGUGGACCUAAGGCGCAGGCAGCGAGAUGUCUCGGCUUCCUUUUCCCUUUGCGAACAGCUCAUCUUAUCUAUCUUUUCUUUUCUCUCUUUCAUCGCACGCAAACGCCACCCGGUUCGUGUGGACCUGGAUUUCGGAUUGCACUCUUCAAUCAUGUUGUGGGACAUCACACAUCACCCUGGGAUCCAUGUCGCACUCCACGCACCGCACUUGCGCACUCAUUCUGAACCCUCACAGGCAAUCCUUUCUCCGGACACUAAGCGACGAACCCCGUCCGUGGGUCGGUCCUCGUGUCCCGAGCGACCCUUGACCCCGCAUGAAGCUCGGGAAAGUUUCUCCCUCCGUUCUGCACCUUCGCCGGAGCAUCUUCAUCCUUCAUCUGAAAACAUCUUUCGGCACCGGGCUCACUCUGCAGCUUGAACACUCCUGUUACCUGAGCACCAUCUCAUCCUAGAGAUCAGUUGCUCGUUCGCGCGUCACGACGGUGCGGUUUAGUGCAGGGAAAGGAAAGGAAGCUUCUGGAGAGGUCGAUACUGGAGAUCGAAAGACAAGGACGAGGGACCGUUGUGAAAUCGUACGAAAUGCAAUCUACUACCACUUGUCGCAGCAAUCGCACCGCAACCGGGUGACGAUCGUGGCUGCUCCAACAGUUCGCGAAGAUGCGCUAAAAUCCAUCCACCCUCCCUCCUUCCGACAACCGUGUAGCCUAGCAACCAUCUAACAACCUCAUUUCAUCGUCCCCUUUUCCGGUGCGUGCCCGCGCCACCAUUAACACGAUUGCCUCUUAAUUUAUUACGAUUAUUAUUAUUAUUAUAUUAUUAUUAUCGAAUCGGUUAAUAUGAUCGCGAACGAGUUCCCUCUAUCAUGCCCCUCUCCCUCAGGCAGUCCUUCCAAGCUGCUUCUCUUGCGCUUAGUGUACGAUACCAAACGAUUGUGUAUUACCAUACCACCAACAUUUAAUUUAUUUGCUCCACCCUCUUCCAAACUCGAAACUCGAUACUAUCAUCCUGUACAUCACCCCAACCGAUCCAAACCGAUCAUUCCCUUCCCUCAUCUCCAGCGCUACCUGUUCGGAGGUUUUUGCUUGCGCGCUGUGUGUGACAGUGAGUUCUGCCGCAAGGGCAAGGGCAUUAGCGAAGAGAAAUCUUUUGCUCAUCUCACAGUGACACAAAAUUUGGACAGAUGAACAGAACAUGGGAACAGAACAUCCCUAGGAAGAAGAGUUUGGGCCAACUUUUCCCUUUCUCUCUCUCGUUCUUCGACGAUGUGCUGGAUAGUUUGUAAAGGCACUUAUUAUAGUAAUUAUCACCAUCACCCAUCAGCUUAUUCAUUGGGGAGAAUGUCGUCUCCAUUUGGUCGUCCUCUCAGCCUUCUCGCGGCGAUAGAGGACAUCCUCACGGACACGGACAUUCGAUCUUAUGAAGGACGUGUAUCUUUGCUUCAAAAGAGUAUUUAUUUAAUCUCCCUAAUUUUCUGUCUAUUUUUCUUAGUCACCACGUUCCAUUUUUUCGUUGGUCUGUUUUCACCCACACAACUACACUGUAUUACACACACACACACCUCCUCAAACACAAGCAAACUACGGGGUGUAAUACUGCGUGAGCGACGCUUUUCUGUUUUCCAUCGCUGUUUUUCACGCACGCACAAAAACGGUUCAUUAUGUUAUGUUAUUUGGAUAUUUUAUGUUUUGGCUUUUGCUUGGUGCACCUUUUUCCUGUACCAUUCUUAACUGUUUCCCCUCCUCUUCAUCAUUUUACCCGUACAUAUAUAAAUAUAUAUAUAUGGAAAGAGAGCAGGUGGUUUAGAGUGUGUUAAGUUUUUAAAAGUUGACCGUUUGCUGGAUGUCGCCCCUAGUCUUAACGGAGACGUUCGGUGCACCGGUUCAAGUGUUUAAAGACGCGACAUGACUUGAAGCUUCCGCUUGGCGCUAUACCGUGCGCAAACGCAAACAAGAAACGGAUGCCGCAAAGCAAGGCGGCACGCCGCAGCAACGACAAACUGCAGCACGAACGUUUGAUACGUAGAAUUGAAAUAGGGUUAGGAUGUAAGCAUUCCUGUUGGAGUGAAAAGGAGUACGAAAAAUGGAUCGACCGCCCGUUUGCGGAGUCACUAUAUCCACUCCCCCUCUCUCCGGUCCAGUACUGUACGAAUAGUUUUUGGUGAUUGUGCUUGAUAACAGUAUUUUUUGUGUUUUUUUUUGUUUUGCUCCCCAUGCAAAGGGGCCGUAAAAGAUAAGGUGUAAAAGCGCAAAGGUGUGGUGUGUGGUGCGAGCCGAGGAAGCGUAGAAAAAGGCCACGAACGCGUAACGCGAGGGCGAGAAAAGUUUUGCGCGAAGGAGAUGAAAAAAAAACAGACAAAAGCAAAAUAGUUUGAAAAUUUGCAAUAGGACGAAGCACGAAGCUGCAGUAAUGGUUAGGGUUGAAUUGUGUUCUGGAUUGUUUUCUUUUUAGGAAUGUGUAUCAUUUUUGUUUUGGUUUCUUGUUCAAUUUCCAUUUCUCGCUCGCCAAAACUCUAGUGGAAACAGGCAGUUAACAGGGUGUGUUGUUGUGUGUAUUGUAAACUCGUGAAAUCCGUUGAUCGAGCAGCGCGUAGUUGCGGGUACUACUUCCUUGCAAAUAUCAGCGACGUGGAUAUUAUUGUAAAUAUUUAUUGAACAGAAAGAUAGUUGAAGAAAAUAAAGUGAUUAGUAAUGAAA